UGGCAGUAGUUCCGUCAGAGCGGACAUCUUGUGGCUGUGUCGUGCGCGUGAGCCCCUUCGGGCCGGGGAGGCACCAGCUGCCGCGCGGGGAGGAGGCCGAGGCCGCUGCUCCAGGGAGGCCCCGGCCCCUCUGUACGCGCGGGCGCCUGUGUCUGGCAGAACCAGUGAGAGACGAAGAUACAGUCCUUCCCCCAGCCGCCCGGAUAAUCAAGAGUUUUGGCCGGACCCUUUGAGCACACACCGAGAUAGAGUGAGGAGCCAAGCGAAAAGCACAGACUAUGGCGCUGAAACGGAUUAAUAAGGAACUUAGUGAUUUGGCCCGUGAUCCUCCAGCACAGUGCUCUGCAGGUCCAGUUGGGGAUGACAUGUUUCACUGGCAAGCCACAAUUAUGGGACCUAAUGACAGCCCAUAUCAAGGCGGUGUAUUCUUUUUGACAAUUCAUUUUCCUACAGACUACCCCUUCAAACCACCUAAGGUUGCAUUUACAACAAGAAUUUACCAUCCAAAUAUUAACAGUAAUGGCAGCAUUUGUCUUGAUAUUCUAAGGUCACAGUGGUCUCCUGCUUUAACUAUUUCUAAAGUUCUUUUAUCCAUUUGUUCACUGCUAUGUGAUCCGAACCCAGAUGACCCCCUAGUGCCAGAGAUUGCACGGAUCUAUAAAACAGACAGAGAUAAGUACAACAGAAUAUCUCGGGAAUGGACUCAGAAGUAUGCCAUGUGAUGCUACCUUAAAGUCAGAAUAACCUGCAUUAUAGCUGGAAUAAACUUUAAAUUACUGUUCCUUUUUUGAUUUCUUAUCCGGCUGCUCCCCUAUCAGACCUCAUCUUUUUUUUUUUUUUUUUUUUUUAAUUUUAUUUUUUGUUUACCUCCCUCCAUUCAUUCACAUGCUCAUCUGAGAAGACUUAAGUUCUUCCAGCUUUGGACAAUAACUGCUUUUAGAAACUGUAAAGUAGUUACAAGAGAACAGUUGCCCAAGAUUCAGAAAUUUUUUUAAAAAAUGGAGCAUGUGUAUUAUGUGGCCAAUAUCUUCACUCUUAACUCGGUUAUGAGACUAAACCAUUCCUCACUGCUCUAACAUGCUGAAGAAGCCAUCUGAGGGGGAGGGAGAUGGAUGCUCAGUUGUCACAUCAAAGGAAACAACAUUCUUGCAGCAUCCAUUCUUGUUUAAGCCUUCCACUGUUAGAGAUUUGAGGUUACAUGAUAUACUUUAUGCUCAUAACUGAUGUGGCUGGAGAAUUGGUAUUGAAUUUAUAGCAUCAGCAGAACAGAAAAUGUGAUGUAUUUUAUGCAUGUCGAUAAAGGAAUGACCUGUUCUUGUUCUACAGAGAAUGGAAAUUGGAAGUCAAACACCCUUUGUAUUCCAAAAUAGGGUCUCAAACAUUUUGUAAUUUUCAUUUAAAUUGUUAGGAGGCUUGGAGCUAUUAGUUAAUCUAUCUUCCAAUACACUGUUUAAUAUAGCACUGAAUAAAUGAUGCAAGUUGUUAAUGGAUGAGUGAUCAACUAAUAGCUCUGCUAGUAAUUGAUUUAUUUUUCUUCAAUAAAGUUGCAUAAACCAAUGAGUUAGCUGCCUGGAUUAAUCAGUAUGGGAAACAAUGUUUUGUAAAUGGAAAGCUGUUUUUUGUAUAUACUGAUGGGAUUUGCUUCAUUGUUUGACAUCAAAUGAUGAUGUAAAGUUCAGAGAGUGAAUAUUUUGCCAUGUUCAGUUAAAGUGCACAGUCUGUUACAGGUUGACACAUUGUUUAACCUGAUUUAUGCAGAAUUAAUAAGCUAUUCAAAUAGUGUAGCUUUAAUAUGCUGCACAUGAUACUGGCAGCCCUAGAGUUCAUAAAUGGACUUGGGACCUAGCAGUUCUGGAACGUGUAUGUGGAACUUUUAUUUUCCAGGUGCAUCCCCUAACUAAAACUUCUCUUUAUCAUGUACCACUUGAUAGCUGGGGGAAAAGUGGGAGUGAUAGUGGGUCACAAUUUACAAAUAAAGUACUGUUGGUGUGGGAGUUGUCAUGAGGCUGUGUUGAAGUGACUUAACCAUGAGAUAUUGGGCAUCCAUGGAAAUGGGUUUGUUCAGCCAUUUACAUUAAUGAGCAUUUAAAUGCAGCAGAUACCAUUUCAGGUGACUUAACAUGAAUGAAUAAAAGUCAAUGCUAUUGUAUUGGGGUUUUCUUUUUUUUUUUUUUAAUUCCCUUGACAAGUGCUAUUUGUGCCAUUAAACUUCUGUAGUAACAAGGGCAUUAUCAUUCUUUACACUUCCUAAUCUUGUAGUUUUACUUUUUUUCCUGGUUUUGACACUCCCAUUGCUUUAUUUCUUAAAAGUCUUGUAUUCAAUUUCUAGCAUAUGUCUCCACGUCCACAUUUUCGCACUGCUUACACUUGAUGUGCAACUCAUUCCUUGUUUGACACAGAUGCGGAAAGCUAGAAGUAAAUGUUAAAAGUUCAAUUGUUUAUGAAACGUUUUAAUAUGUAGUUUGGACAUGAUUUGUUGACAAGAUUUUCUCUAAACCAGAAGUGAAAUGCAUGCUUUCUGAAGAUGUUCUGGCUUUGUUAUUUCUGUAAAAUACUUUUCAUUGGAAAUACCAACAUAACUAAGUAUAACUUUUCCAAUGAGUGAAUUUUUUCCUUUUUGUUUUUGCUUAAAAAUCAUGGGUUCUUCAGGGGAGAUAUCAUGCUGUGUUAAACCUUUUGGUUAAAAUUAUGAAUGAGAAACUAGUAACAUAGUUGCCCCACAAGGUAAGAAAUAACUCUUCUUUGGCUCUGCUUUUAAAAUUAUUCCUGGGACUCUUUAAUUCUCAACAGCUUUAGUAGGCAGUAUUUCUUGAAAAGCCAAACAAAUAAAAUGCACUUUUCACAGAACAGUGAAAUCCUAAUUGAUUUUCAAAUGGAUGCAUUUUUUAACCUUAGGUGAUUUAAGGUAUUUUCAAAGAUGGCUUCCUUAGCCAUUAAAAUAACAGUGGGUAUGUCCAGUUCUCUUUAUAAACAGUGUCCAGUUGUCUUUAUCUUUGACUUGAUGCUUUAUAUAUAACAUUUCAUAUGUUGCUUCUAAGGGAAUAAGCCAUAGAGGCUUCUCCAGGUUUGAGAGAACAGAAGUUUAAAGUACCUGGAAAACCACCCUUUUUGAAUGUAUAGACACUGGACAUAAGAAUCAUCUACAAUGAAAUUUUUGAAAUAAUUUGCCUUCCCCACCCCACUCAGCAAUUUGAAAUGGCUAGUGCUAAGUGAGCAUUAGCUCAUUAAGUUCUGACUUUGGACUGAUAUUCCCUAUACUUUCUAAUGCAUAAAAGUCCAUUUGGCCUGUAAGUGUAAAUUUAUUUUGUUCUGCCCCUACCACAGGUUUGCAGUGUGAUAAUCAAUUUUUUUUAACUGAGUUUGCUUUCUUGUGUGGGUGUACUCACAUUUAAUGUAAGUAUGAACCACAGUUAACUAGUGGGUCUCAGGGGUAGUGAAACACUCACUUUAAUGGUUUAGUUGAAGUAUAAUUAGGAUACUGAUCCUGCUGUGUUAAAGAUGGGAUGUGUGGCUUUAAAUUAGUCAUGUUUUGUGUCAACAAACUGUUAAAUGAUGGAAACACUUUAAGUGAAAUUGUCUUAAGAGAAACCCAGUGCAAGUAACUAAAUGUUUAAUAGUGACAUCUGCGUAAGACUUGUAAUAGCUAAACUUAAGUGAACCUAAAGGAAUUGUUACCAUUAAAGUCUGUGUUUAAACACA